AUGCAGUCACAGACCGGUCAUGCAGUCACGGACCGCACGGACCAGUCAUGCAGUCACAGACCGGUCAUGCAGUCACGGACCGGUCAUGUAGUCACGGACCGUCACGGACCGGUCAUGCAGUCACAGACCGGUCAUGCAGUCACGGACCCGUCAUGCAGUCACGGACCGCACGGACCAGUCAUGCAGUCACGGACCGCACGGACCCGUCAUGCAGUCACAGACCGGUCAUGCAGUCACGGACCCGUCAUGCAGUCACGGACCCGUCAUGCAGUCACGGACCCGUCAUGCAGUCACGGACCCGUCAUGCAGUCACGGACCCGUCAUGCAGUCACGGACCCGUCAUGCAGUCACAGACCGGUCAUGCAGUCACAGACCCGUCAUGCAGUCACAGACCCGUCAUGCAGUCACAGACCGGUCAUGCAGUCACGGACCCGUCAUGCAGUCACGGACCCGUCAUGCAGUCACGGACCCGUCAUGCAGUCACAGACCGGUCAUGCAGUCACAGACCGGUCAUGCAGUCACGGACCCGUCAUGCAGUCACGGACCCGUCAUGCAGUCACGGACCCGUCAUGCAGUCACGGACCCGUCAUGCAGUCACGGACCCGUCAUGCAGUCACAGACCGGUCAUGCAGUCACGGACCCGUCAUGCAGUCACGGACCGGUCAUGCAGUCACAGACCGGUCAUGCAGUCACGGACCGCACGGACCAGUCAUGCAGUCACAGACCGGUCAUGCAGUCACGGACCGCACGGACCAGUCAUGCAGUCACAGACCGGUCAUGCAGUCACGGACCGGUCAUGUAGUCACGGACCGUCACGGACCGGUCAUGCAGUCACAGACCGGUCAUGCAGUCACGGACCCGUCAUGCAGUCACGGACCGCACGGACCAGUCAUGCAGUCACGGACCGCACGGACCCGUCAUGCAGUCACAGACCGGUCAUGCAGUCACGGACCCGUCAUGCAGUCACGGACCCGUCAUGCAGUCACGGACCCGUCAUGCAGUCACGGACCCGUCAUGCAGUCACGGACCCGUCAUGCAGUCACAGACCGGUCAUGCAGUCACGGACCCGUCAUGCAGUCACAGACCGGUCAUGCAGUCACAGACCCGUCAUGCAGUCACGGACCCGUCAUGCAGUCACAGACCGGUCAUGCAGUCACAGACCCGUCAUGCAGUCACAGACCCGUCAUGCAGUCACAGACCGGUCAUGCAGUCACGGACCCGUCAUGCAGUCACGGACCCGUCAUGCAGUCACGGACCCGUCAUGCAGUCACAGACCGGUCAUGCAGUCACAGACCGGUCAUGCAGUCACGGACCCGUCAUGCAGUCACGGACCCGUCAUGCAGUCACGGACCCGUCAUGCAGUCACGGACCCGUCAUGCAGUCACGGACCCGUCAUGCAGUCACGGACCCGUCAUGCAGUCACGGACCCGUCAUGCAGUCACGGACCCGUCAUGCAGUCACGGACCCGUCAUGCAGUCACGGACCCGUCAUGCAGUCACGGACCCGUCAUGCAGUCACGGACCCGUCAUGCAGUCACGGACCCGUCAUGCAGUCACGGACCCGUCAUGCAGUCACAGACCGGUCAUGCAGUCACGGACCCGUCAUGCAGUCACGGACCCGUCAUGCAGUCACGGACCCGUCAUGCAGUCACGCACCCGGACCGGUCAUGCAGUCACGGACCCGGACCGGUCAUGCAGUCACGGACCCGGACCGGUCAUGCAGUCACGGACCCGGACCGGUCAUGCUGUCACGGACCCGUUAUGCAGUCACGGACCCGGACCGGUCAUGCAGUCACGGACCGGUCACGUGCUGCAAGCCCAGCUCAGCGUCCUGCUUCAGGGCAAAGAGAACAUCGAGAGCAGCUGCCACUUCACAGAGCAGGCCCUGAGCCACGGCAGCGCCACAGAGGUCCUGAUGGUCCAGAAGCAGAUGGGGGAACGGGUCAGCGCCCUGUCCCGACACAGCUACCCUGAGAGUCCCCACGACAACGCACACCUGCAGUGCCAGGUGGAGACCGACGGGCUGCGGCGCUCCAUCCAGAACCUUGGAGUGCUCAUCACCUCGGGCGCCGUGGGUCACACCAGCGUGGCCACGGGGGAGGGGCUCCGGCACGCACUGAUGAACCAGCACACCACCGUCACCGUGACGACCAAAGACAAGGACGGCGAGCUGGUGAAGAGCGGCAACGCCAUCCUCCAGGCACAGAUCCUGUCUGCAGAGGGCGCCACCACCGAGGCAGAGGUUGUGGACAACAAGAACGGCACCUACGAGGUGAGCGGGGGUCACAGGUACCAGGGGUCACAGGCGCCAGGGGCAGGCACCAGGGGUCACAGGUACCAGGGGUCACAGGUACCAGGGGUCACAGGCACCAGGGGUCACAGGCACCAGGGGUCACAGGUACCAGGGGUCACAGGUACCAGGGGUCACAGGUACCAGGGGUCACAGGCACCAGGGGUCACAGGUACCAGGGGUCACAGGUACCAGGGGUCACAGGUACCAGGGGUCACAGGCACCAGGGGUCACAGGCGCCAGGGGUCACAGGUACCAGGGGUCACAGGUACCAGGGGUCACAGGUACCAGGGGUCACAGGCGCCAGGGGUCACAGGCGCCAGGGGUCACAGGUGCCAGGGGUCACAGGUACCAGGGGUCACAGGCACCAGGGGUCACAGGCACCAGGGGUCACAGGCACCAGGGGUCACAGGCGCCAGGGGUCACAGGCGCCAGGGGUCACAGGCGCCAGGGGUCACAGGCGCCAGGGGUCACAGGCGCCAGGGGUCACAGGCGCCAGGGGUCACAGGCACCAGGGGUCACAGGCACCAGGGGUCACAGGUUGGCUACACAGUCCGCUCAGAGGGCGAGUUCAGCUUCUCUCUCAGUCUGUACCAGCAGCCGGUCCGUGGCAGCCCCUUCAGACUGCGUGUGGUCAAACCCUCAGACCUGCUGCAGUCUCCUGACGACGUGAAGAGAAGAGUCAAAUCUCCGAGUGGAGGAGGAGGCCACGUCCGGCAGAAGGCGGUCCGCAGACCCUCCUCCAUGUACAGCACCACCAAGAAGAAGGAGAACCCCAUCGAGGACGAGCUCAUCUACAGAGUGGGGACCAGAGGGAGAGACAAAGGAGAGUUCACAAACCUGCAGGGGAUCUCCGCCUCCAGUAACGGUCGCAUCGUGGUCGCGGACAGCAACAGUCAGUGCAUCCAGAUUUUCUCCAACGACGGUCAGUUUAAGAUGAGGUUUGGGGUCAGAGGUCGCUCCCCGGGGCAGCUGCAGAGACCCACGGGGGUCACUGUCGACUCCAACGGUGACAUAAUCGUCGCCGACUACGACAACCGUUGGAUCAGCAUCUUCUCCUCCGACGGAAAGUUCAAGAACAAAGUGGGAGCCGGCCGGCUGAUGGGGCCGAAGGGCGUGGCGGUGGAUAAGAAUGGUCACAUCAUCACCGUGGACAACAAGGCCUGCUGCGUCUUCAUCUUUCAGUCCAACGGGAAACUGGUCACUAAGUUUGGGGCCAAAGGGACGUCAGACCGGCAUUUCGCAGAAAAGAGCGGUGCGAGCUUAGCACUGGACCAAAAGCUUAGUAAAUCUGGCCCCGUGUUCAGUCCUCACUUUGUGGCUGUGAACAACAAGAAUGAGAUCGUGGUGACGGACUUCCACAACCAUUCUGUCAAAGUGUACAACGCAGAUGGGGAGUUCCUCUUCAAGUUUGGUUCUCAUGGCGAAGGUAACGGUCAGUUCAACGCCCCCACGGGGGUCGCCGUGGACGCCAACGGCAACAUCAUCGUGGCCGACUGGGGCAACAGUCGCAUUCAGGUGUUCGACAGCUCCGGCUCCUUCCUCUCCUACAUCAACACCACAGCAGACCCUCUGUACGGGCCCCAGGGCCUGGCCCUCACCUGUGACGGACAUGUGGCUGUGGCCGACUCUGGGAACCACUGCUUCAAGACCCAGGACUGGACCAGGACCCCGCCGGAGCACCCAGCCUCCAGAUACAGACCCAGGACUGGACCAGGACCCCGCCAGAGCACCCAGCCUCCAGAUACAGACCCAGAUCUUGACCAGGACCCCGCCGGAGCACCCAGCCUUCAGAUACAGACCCAGGACUGGACCAGGACCCCGCCGAAGCACCCAGCCUUCAGAUACAGACCCAGGACUGGACCAGGACCCCGCCGGAGCACCCAGCCUCCAGAUACAGACCCAGGGCCCGACCAGGACCCCGCCGAAGCACCCAGCCUUCAGAUACAGACCCAGGACUGGACCAGGACCCCGCCGAAGCACCCAGCCUCCAGAUACAGACCCAGGGCUGGACCAGGACCCCGCCAGAGCACCCAGCCUCCAGAUACAGACCCAGAUCUUGACCAGGACCCCGCCGAAGCACCCAGCCUUCAGAUACAGACCCAGGACUGGACCAGGACCCCGCCGAAGCACCCAGCCUUCAGAUACAGACCCAGGACUGGACCAGGACCCCGCCGAAGCACCCAGCCUUCAGAUACAGACCCAGGACUGGACCAGGACCCCGCCGGAGCACCCAGCCUCCAGAUACAGACCCAGGGCCCGACCAGGACCCCGCCGAAGCACCCAGCCUUCAGAUACAGACCCAGGGCUGGACCAGGACCCCGCCGGAGCACCCAGCCUUCAGAUACAGACCCAGGGCUGGACCAGGACCCCGCCGAAGCACCCAGCCUUCAGAUACAGACCCAGGGCUGGACCAGGACCCCGCCGAAGCACCCAGCCUUCAGAUACAAACCCAGGACUGGACCAGGACCCCGCCGAAGCACCCAGCCUUCAGAUACAGACCCAGGACUGGACCAGGACCCCGCCGGAACACCCAGCAUCCAGAUACAGACCCAGGGCUGGACCAGCACCCCGCCGGAGCACGCAGCCUCCAGAUACAGACCCAGGGCCCGACCAGGACCCCGCCGAAGCACCCAGCCUUCAGAUACAGACCCAGGGCUGGACCAGGAUCCCGCCGGAACACCCAGCAUCCAGAUACAGACCCAGGGCUGGACCAGGAUCCCGCCGGAGCACCCAGCCUUCAGAUACAGACCCAGGGCUGGACCAGGACCCCGCCGGAACACCCAGCCUUCAGAUACAGACCCAGGGCUGGACCAGGAUCCCGCCGGAACACCCAGCAUCCAGAUACAGACCCAGGGCUGGACCAGGAUCCCGCCGGAACACCCAGCAUCCAGAUACAGACCCAGGGCUGGACCAGGACCCCGCCGGAACACCCAGCAUCCAGAUACAGACCCAGGGCUGGACCAGGACCCCGCCGGAGCACCCAGCAUCCAGAUACAGACCCAGGGCUGGACCAGGACCCCGCCAGAGCACCCAGCAUCCAGAUACAGACCCAGGGCUGGACCAGGACCCCGCCGAAGCACCCAGCCUUCAGAUACAGACCCAGGGCUGGACCAGGACCCCGCCGGAGCACCCAGCCUCCAGACAUGA